UAAUCUACUAUUGAUUUUUCCCCUUCUGGCUGCUCUUUCUUUUCCUCUCACAGGAUUUUGAUUGAAUCUCAAACGCAGCAAGGAGGGAGGGAGAGAGAGGGAGAGAGAUCAUAAGCUCAAUCUCUCUCUACAUCGGCGUUGCUUCUUCGUCCUCCUCCUCUUCUCUCUUCUCUGUCAUCCGAUUUCAUCUCGAGUGUACAUUUCGGAAGUUGACAGCAAAGGUGAUCAUAUAAGUUCUUCGUAGAGGGCGUUUAACUCGUACGAAUAUGAAGAAAGUCUUCGGUCAAACUGUCAGAGACCUCAAGAGAGAGGUUAACAAGAAAGUGCUCAAAGUGCCUGGAAUAGAACAAAAGGUUCUAGAUGCUACUAGCAAUGAGCCAUGGGGUCCUCAUGGAUCUCUUCUUGCUGAUAUUGCGCAAGCUUCAAGAAAUCACCAUGAAUACCAGCUCAUCAUGGGGGUCUUAUGGAAACGACUCAGCGACACUGGAAAGAACUGGCGACAUGUCUAUAAGGCUUUGACAGUUUUGGACUACAUGGUCGGCCAUGGGUCAGAACGUGUUAUAGACGAGAUUAGAGAGCGCGCUUACCAAAUUUCGACAUUGUCUGAUUUCCAGUAUAUUGAUUCCGGUGGUAGAGACCAAGGAAGCAAUGUUAGGAAGAAAUCACAGAGUCUGGUGGCGUUGGUUAAUGACAAAGAGAGAAUAGCUGAGGUCAGAGAUAAGGCUUCAGCUAACAGAGAUAAGUAUCGCAGCUCAGAACCAGGUGGAAUGUAUAAGCCUUCUGGAGGAUAUGGGGACAAAUAUGAUUACGGAUCCCGGGAUGAAGAGCGAAGUAGUUAUGGAAGAGAAAGGGAAUAUGGUUAUAGGGAUGAUGAUAGAAAUAGCCGUGAUGGAGAUCGUCACUCCAGGGACUCUGAAGACCGGUAUGGGAGAGAUGGUAACAGGGAAGAUGAUUACAGAGGAAGGAGCAGAAGUGUUGAUAACUACCAAAAUGGGUCACGAGGUAGAAGUUCAGAAAGGGAACGGACGUUUGAGGAUGAUGGCCAUUCAUCAAGGGGUAGUGGUGCUCGAGCUGAUGACACUUCUCAGGAUGGAAGAGGGCAGCUCCAGAGGAAGUUUUCUGAACAAAAUAUUGGUGCUCCACCUAGUUAUGAAGAAGCUGUCAGUGACUCAAGGAGCCCGGUAUAUAGUGAAAGGGAUGGUGGGGAGACCCCACAAGCUGCUGCUUCAGGAGCUGGUUCUCCCCCUGCCCCACAAACUGUUGUUCCAGGAGAUUCUUCUCCCCCUCCCCCACAAGUAGCUUCUCCUCCUGCUGGAAACAACACAGACAAUAAAUCUACUGGUUUUGUCAAUGAAUCUUCUCAGAAAUUUGAGGCUUUUGAUGAGUUUGAUCCACGCGGUGCGUUUUCAGCUGGCCCUCCAGCAUAUGCAUCUGCGGACGGUGUUUCAGCUCCUCCAACAGUGGCUUCUACAGACAGUGUUGAGAUGGACUUGCUUGACUCCCUUGCAGACGUAUUUUCAUCAAAUGCUUUGGCCGUAGUACCGACCGAGUCUACCUCUGUUGAAACCAAUGGACAAGCAAAUGCUCCAUCGUUUUCUGCAUCUCAGCCAUCAACUCAGCCAUUUGAUGACCCAUUUGGUGAAUCUCCUUUCAAAGCCUUCACUUCUACGGACGACUCAAACCCGCAGCUAAGCUUUGGUACUUCUUUCCAGCCAACACCACCAGCCUUCACCUCGGAGGUCUCACAUCCUGAUACAGCUCAUAACUUUGGCUUUGGGGAUUCAUUUUCCGCUGUUGCUAAUCCUGAACCUGGUGUUGAGAAUGUGCAACCACCAUCAAACUCACCAGGUUUUCCUCAAGAGCAGUUUGACACAUCUGAGAAUGAUUUUGAUAUUCUUGCUGGCAUUCUCCCACCAUCUGGUCCUCAAGUUUCAGUCCCUCAACAAUCAAGUGCUUCAAUACCAACGUCUGAGUUUCCUCCCAGUGGAAACAACAUGUACGAGGGAUAUCACCCUCAGCCAGUAUCUACAGGUCCAAACAUGUCUGGACAAACUCCAUUUGGACAAACUGGACAACCAUAUAACAUGGUUCCUCCCUCGCAAAAUAUGACGGGAGCCACACCGUUUUACAAUGAAGGCUUCAUGCACCAGCCUGGCUCAGCCGGUUACAAUCCUGGAGUUGCUGCCACUUCAUCGAGCUCACAGACCCCUUACUCUACCCCCGGUGGGCCAGCUGGUCAGUUCAUGGCACACCAGGGUCAUGGAAUGCCGCCUUCUCAUGCUCCACAAAGAACUCAAUCCGGGCCUGUUACUCUGCAAGGGAACAACAAUUUCAUGGGAGACAUGUUUACACAAGCUGGACCAACAAGCUCAGUGGCAUCAUCGCCAUCCCAUUCAGAUCUAACACCUAUAACAGGAGCGAUUGAGAUCGUUCCUCCGCCUCAGAAAAAGUUCGAGCCAAAAUCAUCAGUCUGGGCAGACACAUUGAGCAGGGGGCUUGUUAACUUCAACAUAUCUGGACCUAAAACAAAUCCAUUGUCAGACAUAGGAGUUGACUUUGAUGCGAUCAACAGGAGAGAGAAACGGUUUGAGAAACCGACAAACGCACCACCAGCAACAUCGACUAUCAACAUGGGUAAAGCAAUGGGAUCAGGCACUGGCUUAGGGCGUGCCGGUGCAACUGCUAUGAGACCUCCUCCAAAUCCAAUGGUAGGCUCUGGCAUGCCCAUGGGUGCUGGUGGAUAUGGGGGUAUGAACCAAAACCAACACAUGGGUAUGGGAAUGGGACCAGGCAUGAACCCAAAUCAACCAAUGGGUAUGGGAAUGGGACCAGGCAUGAACCAAAACCAACCUAUGGGUAUGGGAAUGGGACCAGGCAUGAACCAAAACCAACCUCUGGGUAUGGGAAUGGGACCAGGCAUGAACAUGGGAGGAGGAUAUGGCCAAGGUUAUCCGAUGCAACCACAAAACCAAGGAAUGGUCCCUGGUCCGAACAUGCCAGGAAACAACAACAACUAUAAUCCAAUGAUGGGUCAAGGCGGUUAUAACCCUCAACAAUCCUAUGGUGGUGGAUACAGGUAAGAUCAAGCCGACUAUCCACUUGUAAAAUCAAGAACAGAACACUCUGGUUCCAUACCUCUCUGUGCUUCUUUGCAUUUUUACCUGGGACAUGUAAUAUCAGGCGAUAAAAUAGUGGGAUUGGUCAGCCGCUUCACGGAAGUACUCAGGUUACAUUAAUCAUGCCAGCAUCAGGAUUUUCUACAGUCUUCUUUACCUUUGCUAUAUCGGGUAUAAAUUGAUAUAUAUUACACAGAUUCUAUUUUUGAGGAUUUCACGUAUUGAAUGUGUAAACAUUUUUCAUACACGGAACAAAUAAGAUAUGUUCUCUCUUUUUUACA